AUGCUCUUCACCAACAUCGCCCCCGCCGCCCUCACCGUCCUGGUGCCCUCUACUCUCGCAGCACCCGCCCCUGAGGCCGUCGGCGUCGAGGUCCCAGUGGCCGAAGUCGCCGCUCGAGCUCCCGAAGACAUCGUGGCACGAGAGAUCGAUGAACUUCACACCUGGGACGUCGAGGAAGUCGAAGCCAGAGACUUGGAGGACCUCGAAGCCCGCCAGGCCAACACUGUAACUUUGCAGCUCUUCGGUACAAACACGUGUAACUCGGGCUCCGGCGGGCCCCAUCGAACUUACAACCGCAACCAGUGUGUCACCCUUGCGGCUCACACUCGUGGAAUCAAUCUUAUCCGCGGCCCUUGCUUCAUCUAUACUUACGAGGACGGAACUUGUGGCAAGAACCCGAGGACCUUUAAGGGUGGAUUCUGUCUCAACACUCAGACGCAGCCUCGAUGGUCUUUCAAAGUGGUGUGUUAG